UUAAACAUUUCCCAUGGGAUUUUAUGUCUGAGCUACUGGCCUGAUAUCAAUGCCAACAGAAUAAUGUGUUUAAUGUUGACAGGAAUGCAUACGUUUGCACAAGUGUGCAAUGUUGACAAUAUUUUGUUAAUGCUUGAAGUGAGAAGAAUUAGAACUUUAUCAACUCAGUAAAUGUUAAUGGACUCACUAGGAAUUGGUAGCCGAAGAAUUGUCUUCAGAAUAUGUGCUGAUGACCCAGACCGAAAGUCUUUGGCCCUCUUCAGAUCUGUUAUUAAAAUCUGUCCUCAGAGAUCUGAUCACAAUUGGACAGUGUUAAAUACAUGUGUUUACACAUGGCAUUAAUAUGCGUCCUGAAAGUGUCUCCUGUGACCAUGUGACCGGAUCUCAGGUCCCUGCUCUCUGUGCAAAUAAUCACAACCAUCGUGUGUUGAUGGAAACCAAAUUAUGUCAUUUGUACCUAGUUUGAGCUUACAGGUGUGUCAGAGGACAAUGUUUGUGUGUGUGUGUCGGCACAAGCUAGAGAGAACAGGAGCAAGCAGAGUCAGGAGGCGGAGGGAAUGAAUGUGUGCAGCUUUAAAGAAUGAUUUGACCUCUCUAGAAAAACUUCGGAAAAAUCAGUCAUUAUUUGGUGAUCAGUGAUAUUGUGGCUGUAGCUACAGACAAAUACAUGAGGCUUUAAAUAUGUUUAAACUGGAGCGGCAGCUCUACCAGAUGAUCUAAGGUCUCGGCCGGCAGAGGCCCAGGUUCAGGGCCGACCCAGGGGCCAUUUUUGCAUGUCCCACUAAACCUGGCACUGACCUCUUUUGAACAGAUCACUCAGGACGGAUGUUAGUAACAGGUCUGAAUGGGGUCUUUGGAUAUUCAAACCUUAAUACUCUAAAACUAAAAGGCUCCUCUCAGAAACUGUCUGAUGGUGAGAAAAAGAAGCCAACUUACCCCCAUGAAUCAGAAGCGUGCAAUACACAGCAAUCAAAGAGCUUCCACAUUUUCACUGUCUGAAAAAAACGUCAUUAAGAAAUUUUGGAAGUACAGACAAGAUCUGGAAGAUUAAUAAAACCUUCGGAUAAAGUUGCUAGUCUACUGUGUUGAAAGUCGAAGCUCAACCUCCAUGAGACUGCACAGUAGCUGUGGUUUAGCUGGCGAAGUACUAUGUCCAAAUUCUUGCACUUGACACAUUUACUGUUAUUUUCCUAUUGUGUCGACUAGUUUUAGAGCAUUCAGUGUGAAGCUGGAUUUGUGACCUAUCAUGAUGAUGCAGUAGAAUGAACACUUUACUUCCUUCCUCUGCCUGCUGCACCUGGCUGCUCCACUACUCGCCUGAAUAAAGCAGUGGAUUUAUUGCUGUUGUGAGAGCGUGCAGAACCUCCCACUGUGUUGUGCAUGUGUGAAAAGCAAACAGCAGAUAGAGUGCUGACCCAAGUCGAUGGACUUUACCCACACGUCAUGUCUGAAAACAACUUUAAACAUGCUAACAGGACGGGCAGCUCACUGUAUGUGGAGCACAAAAUGGACAGUAACAGCGUACUGAGGCCUGUCAUCCCUCAUGUGCUGCCUGAGCCUAUCAAACAGGGCCACCCAGCACUGCCAGAACUACCUUCCCAGAGGAAAUUAUCCAAUAAGAGAGGGCCACCUGUCCUUCGGAAUCGCCUUCAGAGGAAAGGAAACACUUCAGAUACAGUGGUGGUGGACAAGGUGGCUGACGGCAAGAAAGAAGGGGAGGAGGAGGCAAUUAUCAGCUGGCAUGACACUGAACAGGUCCCAGAGGGCACCAAGGAUGGGGGAAAGGAGGAUUCACCUACCAACCAAGAAGUCAUAAUAUCCAAAGAGUCAGAAACUAGCCGGCUGGAGACGGUGCGGGAAUCUUUCAGACAUGCAUGGAAGGGCUAUAAAAAUUUUGCUUGGGGCCAUGAUGAGCUUAGGCCCAUCUCCAAGUCCUACGGCGAGUGGUUUGGCCUUGGUUUGACGCUUAUUGAUGCCCUGGAUACCAUGUGGAUACUGGGACUUAAAGAAGAAUUUGAAGAAGCAAGGGCGUGGGUGGCAACAGAGCUGUCCUUCAACAAGAAUGUUGAUGUCAACCUGUUUGAGAGCACCAUUCGCAUCUUGGGAGGUCUGCUGAGCACCUACCAUCUAACUGGAGACACCCUGUUUUUAGACAAAGCUAAAGACAUCGGCUCGAGACUGAUGCCUGCCUUCAACACCCCGUCCAAGAUCCCCUUCUCUGAUGUGAACAUCGGGAAAGGUACAGCCCACUCCCCUCGCUGGACCUCAGACAGCACAGUGGCUGAGGUUACAAGCAUCCAGCUGGAGUUCAAAGAGCUCAGUCGCCUCACCCAGGAUCCCCAGUACGAGGCUGCGGUGGCCGAGGUUAUGAAUCAGGUCCACAAGCUGGACGGCAAGCUGGACGGUCUUGUUCCCAUGUUCAUCAACACAAACAAUGGACAGUUCACCCAUCAAGGCAUCUACACACUUGGAGCCAGAGCCGACAGCUACUAUGAAUACCUCCUGAAGCAGUGGAUCCAGGGAGGCAAGAAGGACAACCAGCUCUUGGAGGACUAUCUGCAAGCAAUAGAAGGUAUUAAGAAGAACAUGCUGCAGAAGUCUUCUCCUAAUGGCCUUACUUUUAUAGGAGAGGUCUCACAUGGACAGUUCAGCACUAAAAUGGACCAUCUAGUGUGUUUCCUGCCCGGCACUCUGGCCCUCGGUGCUCACAACGGCCUGCCUGCUGAUCAUAUGGAUCUGGCUAAACAGCUGAUGGAGACCUGCUACCAGAUGUACGUGCAGAUGGAGACGGGCCUCAGUCCAGAGAUUGUCCACUUCAAUAUGCAUGAGGGCAGCAUCCGAGACAUCGAUGUGAAACUUGCUGAUAGACACAACCUCCUGCGACCAGAGACUGUGGAGAGUCUCUUCUACCUUUACAGGUUCACCAAGGACCUCAAGUACCAGCAGUGGGGCUGGGAGAUUCUUAAAAACUUUAACAAGUACACCAAGGUUUCCUCCGGUGGCUAUACCUCCAUCAAUAAUGUGCGCGACCCAGACUACCCGAGUCCUCAAGACAAGAUGGAGAGUUUCUUCCUCGGAGAGACCCUGAAAUAUCUGUACCUGCUCUUCUCAGAUGACCCCGACCUCAUCAGCUUAGACCAGUAUGUCUUCAACACUGAAGCUCAUCCUCUGCCUAUUUGGCCUUCCACUGCGUGACACACACAGCGAAGGACUCAAAUGACAUGUAUAAACACAACAAAUUAUCUCAGGGUUGGUCAAACACCAACAUGAUAGCUACAUCUGUUCUGUCUCAGUGAGUGACCUCUGCCAAAACCACCCUGAACACAGAUGGAAAAGCCUCUUUUCUAAUUGGAUCUUUAGUUUGCUCUGUGCCAACUGUCUUGGUGAAAUAACAGGAGCCUGGUCCAGUGUGUAGCUUAUUUAUAAAAAAAAAUCUUUAGGAUUUGUGUUGGUGACAGUGUUUUCUGGAGGAGCAGACAAAGGUUUCUGUUCUCUCUCUCAGAUAACUUCAGCACUGGAGAUGAUCCUGAAUGUGACUUUCUUAUUAUGGGGAGGUGGAGUGUCAGGUUGGACUGAUACAGAUGUUUGAAUUGAUAUUUUCAGAUUGUCAAACAUGUUCAAUUUCCAACAAAAAUCACAAUUUUUAUUCCAGAGAAAUCCUCCAACACGUCCAUGUCUUAAUUUGUAGCCCUGCAUUGUAUUAUUAUUACAAUGGAGAUGUUUCUGAAACAGAAUGUAAUCCAUUCUGACACAAAGCCAGUGUCUGGUGGUCUUACCUCAGUGCGAGGUGUGAAAGCAGCUAAACGUUCCCUGACAGCAGCCACCAGCUGUGUGAACUGAAACCAACCGCUGCUGCCUGCUGCACCGAGAACCUGACUGCUCUGCCCACAUGUUUUCACAUGGGUGCCAGCCUUGCAGGGAUCUGAGGAAAAAGCUAAUUCCUCAUCACACUGUAUAUAGUCUUCAAGUGCUCUGGUUAGAACGUCCUGAACAGGGCAGAGCGUGCCAACAGGCUGUUAAUACAUUUAUACCUGAAUUAAAAUGUGAUUUAUCAUCAGAUUGUCCAAAUCAACUCCAGAGGUCAAGGACGUAUUUGGAUUAAACAUUGAACACAAGUAUAAUCUUACAGUUGGAAAUACAAAAUGACAUGCUGCUGUUUCAAACCAGUGAAGCAGCAGCUACACAGCUAGAAGCCAUUAGCCAGUAAACACAGGAAGCAGUCCUCACAUUACUCCAGACACUUGUAGAUGGAGAGAAGACAAGAUCGAAAAAACACAAUUAGGGCUUCACUGGUGGCUGCCAUCUUCUUCUCCUCUUCUUGGUUGCUUUAAUGGAUCGUGAGCUGAACAGAGCGAUCAGACACCCAUUAAUCCCAGCUGAAAAUCAGGUUAAAAUCAUACCUACAUAUAAUCUGGAUACAAGAUGCAUUUUAAUGCCAGGUGUAAAAGGAGUCUGUGUGUCUGCUGUUCCGUGCUGCAUUCAUGUCAUACAGGAUAUGGUGGGAUUUCACAGCACAUAAUCCCACUCACUAACCUCAGAUCAAGAAGAAGCUGCUUGGAAAGUGUUAUUUGUUAAUGGAUUACUCGGACCAGUCAUAGGCAGCUACAAACGUUUAUUGUAGGGUUAAGGGCACGCACAGGAUUUAGUAAAAUAUAUUUUUGUCAUUUGGAAACAGCAUGUAUGAAACCUCAAAGUAUUCAUGACUCUGUUCAAAAGUAGGUUUACAAAAAAAGUUGUUUUUAGCCCCCGGUCACCCAAAAUGUCUCUGUUAAUGACCUAUACCAAAACCAUGUAGCAGCUUUUCCUCCCACGUGCCAUGAAUGCAGCAUCCGUCUCUACAUGGGACACAGACAAACUUAUUCCAGCUGUCAUCAGGCAGCAGAUCUACUUCUGAACUGUGAAGCUUUUGUUUUAUGAGCGUAGUCGUGGGUUCUGAGCAUUGAUUUGUUUAUUUCUUUGUGUUUUUUUUUUGUCCUGAGCAGUUGCUCUUCUCGCUGAAUGUUCCAUUUCAUUCUUUUGUCCUCUGCAAGGCUUUAGUAUUUGUGUUUCUGACUCGUUUCAUUUUAAAUAUAAAUUUAGCAUAAUAUAUUGAUUUCUAGUGUAUUUAAAGUUGUAAUUGCAGCUAUCUAAACACUGAGCUGGGAUUGUGAGUGUUUUGUUGAGUAGUUCUUGUUGUAGUGACCACAGCAGUUUGCAGUCCUUCCUACCAAUAACACUAGUUUACAUCAUAGCUCCACUUGUAGUUGUUACUUUUAAAAACUUUGAAUUGAGACCAAACUCAUUUAGUUUAUUCUGUUAUUUUCCUCACGUGUGCCUUCAAUGUUGCUUCAGACAACAUUCAAAAGACCAACUGUUAUCUGUCUGUGAACGUGCAUUUAUAUUCAUUCCAGCUAUUUUUACUGGUUGCUGACUUACAACAGUGUGUGGUAAUUGCGAUUGGGGAUCAUUUUUACACUAGGAUUGAUUAUUGAUAUUUUUCCCUCAAAUCAAUCAUUAGGGUUACAUGAUGCCUAUCUCUCCCAGUGUGUAUUUAAACCCUAUUGACAAGGGCUCUGCGUGAUCCCUCCCUGGAUGUGUUUCAGCAUAAAACCUGAACCAAAGACAUGCUGGAGAUAUCAUCACCCCCGGCGUCUGGUUUUGUUCUUAUUGAUGAAAAGCCAUUUUUUCCAAAGCAGGAUCUUUCAGGAAAAACUAACAGAGGAGAUAUUUUCGGUGCUUUUGAUAACAGUCACUGGUGUGGGUUUGGAAGACUGAUGCCACUAUUUUUAGACUAAAGUCACUGACGACUGAUGGAUUUCUAUAUUAGUUGCAGCCACCAAACAGACUGCUUUUAACAUUGUCAUGUUGCAGACCCACAUGUUCACAUUGAGUCUGACUUACUGUAAAUAGAAGCCCGUGGACCUAACUGUCCCUGAAGUGUCCUGAAACGCAGGUCAAGCAUUAACCUGAUCAAUCUAGGAUCAUAUUCCUCACAGACACUGUCUGCCCCUGUUUACCUGCAGGCUUGAAAGAUGACUACACGUUUGUAGGUUCGUUCAUCACAGAGCGACUGCUAAUUUGAUUCAUUUCUCAGCAGAGGUUCUAGUUUGUCUUUUUUAUAUACAGUCUGAGUUUAUCCGAAGUAGCCAAAACAUGACUAAAUACACAUCUGCUGGCAGAGGUUUGAAGAUGCUCCACGCUGACACCUGUUUUCAUUGUUGGAAAAGUAGCAAUUGGAAUCUAUUUAUUCCAAGACCUCCUCACUGUCCUGAGUGGCGUGUGUCCUCUCUGUCUGAAAUGUGACCUCUCAAUGCUGUGAGAUGGGAUCUUACAUAUAUAAAUGUGGAAGAGCUUUGUUCUGACAGAGAGGCGGCAGUAUUGGUUGUUUUUCUUCCAUUUCAAACCUUACACAAUGUAUUGUUGAUGUCACUUGGUGUAAAAUAAAGGCUGGAUCUGCAUUAAUUCUGUUAAAAAAAGAAAGAAAAUUAAAUAGAUUUUAUUGAACAGAAA